UUUUCACGAGAUAGAGCAGAGAAAAUGGGAAGCAUUCCGGAGAAGGCCCUGGGAUCAACAGGAAAAGCCAUACCUCUGGUGGGCAUGGGCACAGCUGUGUAUCGUUCUGCCCCUUCGGAAACGAAAGACUCUGUUCUCCAUGCAAUAAAGGUUGGCUAUCGACACUUCGACACAGCUUCUGUUUACAACUCCGAGAAACCCCUUGGUGAAGCCAUAAAAAAGGCUUUACAGAUUGGGCUCAUUAAUUCGCGGGAUGAGCUUUUUGUCACGUCAAAGCUUUGGGGAAACAACGCACACCCCCACUGCGUCCUUCCUACACUGAAACAAACACUCAAGAAUCUUGAACUGGAGUACCUUGAUCUCUAUCUCAUUCAUUGGCCACUAAGCAUGAAGCCUGGAAAUUUUGAGUUUCCCGUGAAGAAGGAGGACCUUCUCCCCAUGGAUUAUGCGUCCGUUUGGAAAGACCUGGAAGACUGUCAGAAGCUCGGUCUCACCAAAGCAAUAGGUGUAAGCAACUUCUCAAGCAAAAAGCUUGAUGACUUGCUCCGCAUAGCCACAAUCCCUCCGGCCGUCAAUCAAGUGGAGAUGAACCCACUUUGGCAGCAGAAGAAGCUUAGGGAGUUCUGUACAGAGAAAGGAAUCCACAUCACGGCCUACUCUCCUUUGGGUGCCAGAGGAACACCGUGGGGAGGUGACAGAGUUAUGGAAUGUCAAGUCCUGAAAGAAAUUGCCCAAGCAAGAGGCAAAACGAUUGCUCAGGUUUGUUUGAGGUGGAUAUACGAACAAGGUGUGAGUGUUGUCGUGAAGAGUUUCAACAAGGAAAGAAUGAAAGAGAAUCUAGCGAUAUUCGAUUGGGAGCUAACAGCGGAGGAUAUACAGAAAAUAGAUCAAAUUGAGCAAUUUAAAGGGGUUCCAGCUCUGGAACUCAUUAGCGAUGAAGGCCCCUACAGGUCUCUCGUGGAGCUGUGGGAUGAGGAGAUUCAAUUCUGAUUAAAAUGAGUAUGGCUGAGCGCCACUCCCAAUUGACUAGAGAAGAGUCAUAUUUGUUAAUGAAUUGAACCUUUUUGUGAUCAAUUACCAUUUGAUAAACGUGGGAAGGAAUUUAGGGGAGGGCAAUCCCCAUUGAAUAGCUCGUCAACUUUGAAUAAUUGUACUUUUUUCUCACGUCCAAUUGAAUAUCUAAAGUUUUGAGA